GGUGGGAUGUCUGCAAUAGAGCAGCUCCUUAGCAGCUGGCCAGGUAGUUUAAAUAACGUUAGCUAUGCUAAUGAACGAAUGACAUCUGUUAAAUUCACCUCAACAUAUCUUUUACAGUCUUAACCCACUAUGGGCAAUAGAAAAGUCACUGUUGCAAACAGUGCAGCGAGCAACACUGUCAUUAUUUUGACCCCUAUUAGGCAGGGGUACACUUUAGUGUGGUCUGGGGUGACGUACGUUUGCUUUCUCUCUUGCUCGCUCUUGCUAUCUCUCUCGCUCGCUCUCAAAAAAAUUGAUUUCAGUGAUAUUGUAUAUAAUUUGCGGGCAUCAGGGAGCCACUAUUAAUAUGCGGGAGACUCCAGGAAGAGGUGGGAUGUCUGCAUCAGUGAUCAUCCUAGAUUUCUUCCCCACGUGGUUCCGUCUGCUCAUUCCUGCCCAUCUUGUUCAACCUUUGACCUAUCUCCCCACCCUCCCACUCCCACCCCCACCCCCACUUCAGUGAUGUACAUCAACCAUCUGGGUCAACCUUGGUCCACCCUGUGUCCCACCUCCUCAAUGUUAUUUAUCAGCAAUCUUUCUUCUAACCCUUGUUUUCAUUGUGAAGUGUUCUUUUGCACCUUUGGCCUCGCUGAGUUAUUUCCAGAAUCAGUUUUUGUUAGCUGGAAUGCCAGAGGGUCAUCAGGAACCAGUUCUGUUGUACAUUGGUGUGGAGGUGCUAGUUUCUGAACUGUGACUGUCUGACACACUGCAGCAUUUUACUGGCAGUAAAGAUUACUAGGAGAGUUGGUGCUUGGGCUAUAAUCCUGUGAUCUACAUUCCAGGCAUAUGGAACUGUUGGUGUUUUGGUUUUGACUUUGGUUAGUGCUUCUACAGAUGGGGCUGGAUGGUCGUCUUUCUGCAGUGAAGCAGAAAUUUUGAGCAGCUGGACAUUGGUUGUGGAGAAAUCCCGGAUUGCACUACCCAGUGUGAGAUGUGAGGACGAUGUGUGAGGCUCUCAGGGUCGUUAGACCUGCGGUGAGAGGUUUAUUGGAAGAAAAGCCCACGACUGGAAGCGAACCACGACUGAAGAUAAGGGAACAGCAGCAAGUGAACCAGCCCGAGGACUGAGAGCACCAACUGGAGAGAACCCUUCUGAAUCAGGGUUUCCAUUGAUUCAGUCAGGAGCAAGCUUGGUUAAAAACGACAAGGAAUUUAUCUACGGGAAUCUCAAACAAAACACGCCAGUUUUGCUGUCUCUGUCCACGUAUAUAAGAAGUGGAGCAAGGGAUUCACUCGAUCAUCCUUCCUGCUCAGACUGUGAGGAGAGAUUCACUCGAUCAUCUGACCGACUGGCAGGCCUGUCAGUUUACACAGGGGAGAGGCCGUUCACCUUUUCAGACUGUGGGGAUUCAAGGUCAUCUCAUGAAGGUACAUCAGCAAGUUCACACUGGGACAAGGCCAUUCACCUGUUCUGUGUGUGAGAAGGGAUUCAGUUGGUCAUCCCACCUGUGGACACACCAGUCAGUUCACACUGGGCAGAGGCUGGUCAUCUGCUGAACUUGUGGGGAAGGAUUCACUCGGUCAUCUGACCUAAUGGCUCACCAGCGAGUUCACACUGGGGAGCGACCGUUCACCUGCACGGCCUGUGGGAAGGGAUUCGCUUUAUCAUCUCGCCUACUGAGACUCCAGUCAGUUCACACCAGAGAGUGGCUACUCACCUGCUCAGUCUGUGGGAAGGGAUUCACUUUGCCAUCCUCCCUACAGAGACACCAGUCAGUUCACACUGGAGAGAGGUCGUUCACCUGCUCAGACUGUGGGAAGGGAUUUACUGACACAUUUAAACUCAAGGCACACGAGGGAGUUCACACUGGGGAGAGGCCGUUCACCUGCUCAGACUGUGGGAAAGGAUUCAAACGGUCAGCACACCUACUGAGACACCAGUCAGUUCACACUGGGGAGAGGCCACUCACCUGCUCAGACUGUGGGAAGGGAUUCACUUUGUCAUCUCAACUGAAGGUACAUCAGCGAGUUCACACUGGGGAGAGGCCAUUCACCUGCUCCGACUGUGGGAAGGGGUUCACUCUGUCAUCCACCCUGCAGAGACACCAGCGAGUUCACACUGGGGAGAGGCCGUUCAUCUGCUUGGACUGUGGGAAGCAAUUUACUUGGUCAUCCCAACUGAAGGUACAUCAGCGAGUUCACACUGGGGAGGGUCCAUUCACCUGCUCAGUCUGUGGGAAGGGAUUCACUCAGUCAUCUGCUCUACUGAGACACCAGUCAGUUCACACCGGGAAGAGACCAUUCACCUGCUCAGACUGUGGGAAGGGAUUCACUCAGUCAUCUCAAUUGAAGGUACAUCAGCGAGUUCACACGGGGGAGAGGCCAUUCACCUGCUCAGUCUGUGGGAAGGGAUUCACUUCGUCAUCUCACCUACUGAGACACAAGUCAGUUCACACUAGGGUGUAGCCAUUCACCUGCUCAGACUGUGUAAAUGGAUUCACUUCGUCAUCUCAACUACAGAGACACCAGUGUGUUCACACUGUGUAGAGGCUGUUCACCUGCUCAGACUUUGGGAAGAAAUUUUCUCAGCCAAAUCAACCAAAUGUGCAUCAUUGAGUUCACACUGGGGAGAGGCCAUACACCUGCUGUGAAUGUGGUGAAGGAUUUGUGAUGGACAUGGACUGUGCCUUUAAAAGAGAGAGAGAGAGAGAGAAACUGACUACAGUACUGCUGCCUGCUUCUUGGUUGCUAUGGUGAGAGAGAGGUGGAGUUAUGUGAUGGACAGUUUGAUGUUCACAGUUGCUUCACAGCGUGUUUAUUUUAGCAAGGUCCCAGAGACACACAGUGGAACACCAGUUAAGGCAAACGGUCAGCGAAAGGAGGCCAGUACCAGAAGAGUCACUGGGGGGAACUUCUGAGUGCUCACAAGGGUGCGUUGAGGAUCGAUCAGAAGAAUCGAUCAGUGGCUAUCAUGGUGUGUAGAAGGGUGACCCUGUGGAGGCUACCGGUGUGUCUACCCCUGCCUGGGUGGUAGCUUACCCUCGAAGACGGUCCCCUGAGUGAUAAGCUAUGUUUGGCUGACUCGAAAGUGGAUUCGGAGCCCGAUGAUGGAAGAUCAAUGUCACAUGUUUGCUCGUUCUUCUCCUGUUGUGGUUUUCACAUUGGAUUACAAAUACGUCUCUCCCUCUCACACCAGUUCCGUGCAUUGAACUGAACUUCCUUACAUUACCAUUGUAAGACUUUAACUCUUGCCACCCGAGCUUUAACCAUUUUGGGAAUUAUGUUUAUACACAUAUAUAUGCAUAACACUGCUAACAUUUGAUUUACCUGGUUUAAGUUACUAUAUUAAGUAGUUACUAAUAUAUAAAGGUUUUUAACAUCAAAACCAGACUCCAGGUGAGGUCUACUGCUAGUGGUUCAUUUAAACUGCUGCGUGUACGAAACAGAUUCAUUCAGUUGUCUAUCCUUAUGGCACACUACCAGGUUCACACUGGGCAGUGACUUUUCACCUGCUCUGAAUGUGGGAAGUGAGUCACUCAGUCAUCUAACCUCAUGUAACUCUUGCUUCCGCUAGCAGCUUAAUAUAGGGGGUAAUAGCCCCCAGAUCGGCAAAACUUAAGAAAUCUUAGUUGGGCAGAUGCUGUGUGAUGUGUUCGCUGCUACAAAUCAGUAACCUGAAAUAACAAACAGUACACAAUAUGUGAUUAAACAAUUGAGCUUUAUAAUUCUUACAUUGACUCUGGGGUUAGUGAAGUAAACAAAAAAGAAAGAAAAAGGGCCCACUCUCUCUACUCGCGAUUUCUCAUCUCUCCCCAGCAAAAGACCAUGAAAAUCUCUCUUCCAGACUCACAAGGAAGAACAUUUCUGUCAUUGGAUAGCCCCACACUCCAAAACCCUGUUAUCUCCAGUUGUAAUCUAAACAUUGCUGCUACAGAGAAACCAUUACCUCAGCAGUGAAACACUGCACAGAGGACGUUACAUGAGCAGUGAAACCUUACAGCGUGUUACACUUAUGACACAUUACCGAGUUCACACUGGGGAGAAAGUUUGAAUAAGCUUCAUGCUGGAUAUUUGACCAUCACUGUCGCUGAAUGCAAUUUCGAGAGUGACUGUCGGUGCUGAACUCUGCAAUUAUUGCUGGUGCUCACCACACCCAGUUCUGCACCCUGGUCACUGGGCAUGGGAGGAGUUUCUUCUGCUGCAUAUUCACCUUUAAUGGGACUGGAGUUUAAUAUUCUGGAUCUGAGACAAAUAAAUCAGUUUAUUUUAAACUGUCUCCGGUACUUAGUGAAUUUAUAACAUACACAGACAUCCCACCCUGCAAAAACUCAUUUCAGGGAGGUAGCACCAUCAAUUUGCAGGAGACUUCUGGGAGGGGUGGGAUGUCUGCAAUAGAGUAGCUCCUUAGCAGCUGGCCAGCUAGUUUAAAUAACGUUAGCUAUGCUAAUGAACGAAUGACAUCUGUUAAACUCACCUCAACAUGUCUUUUACAGUCUUAACCCACCAUGGGCAAUAGAAAAGUCACUGUUGCAAACAGUGCAGCGAGCAACACUGUCAUUAUUUUGACCCCUAUUAGCCAGGGGUACACUUUAGUGUGGUCUGGGGUGACGUACAUUUUAUAUAUUUUUUGGAACACUCUGCCACUCUGACUUUUUUUUGGAACUCUCUCACUCGCGCGCGCGCGCUCUUUCUCGCUCGUGGUGGCUUUCACUCGCACUUGCUUUCUCGCUCUUGCUCUCGCGCUUGCUUUCUUGCUCUUGCGCUCGCUCUCCCUUGCGCGUUCUGUCACGCUCGCUCUCAAAAAAA